AGUGCUUGACUACCUAAACCCAUCUCCAAACUUGUCCUCUUCAUUUCUCUCCUUUAACUUCCCCAUAGUUACUCUUAUUUGAAGUCACAUAAUCUUUUUCUUACCUCAUAACCAAGCAUGUCUUGUGUGAAAGGGGUUUCAUGGUGUUUUUGAAUCCUAGUUCUCCAUGUCAGUUACCUCUAUCUGCUACCUCCUUCCUCUCCAACUGAAUCAUCUGUAGCAGCUGCUGACAGACAUCAAAACAAGGUUCAUUCAUUAUAUAUCUUCUCACUUAAUUACCACUACCUACCAACUGUUUGUCUCUCUCUGUCUGUCUCUCACUUUUGAAGAAGAAAAUACCCAGAGGGGGAAAGUGUCUAUCUUGUUUCCUUCAAAAGUUGUGUGCCCUACAAUUCUCAUCCACUUAAUUUCAUUUCUGCUUCUUCUCACUUUCUCUUCAACAUAAUUUCAAAACUCAAGUGCUUCCCAACUCCUAGCUAGCUAUACUCUUCCUUUUGAGAGAAAGAAACUAUUAAUUAACCAUCCAGUUACUUAGUUACUCCCCUUCUGGCUAGAGCUUGUCCAACAUCCAUCUUGAUCAUGUGUUGCUCUUGAAAGAUCAAAGGAGUGGUUGGUCACACUUGGAAAUAACUAUCAAUCAUUUUUGCACUUUCCAACAUUUCUGUCUUGUCUCCUUCGUGUUUUGUUCUCCAAAUUAAACUCAAGCAAUUAAUAUUCAGAAUGGAAGUUUCCAGCAGCCAAGAAGCUGGAGAAAUCCCAAUUCCAAUCCCAAUCCCAAUCCCAAUAAACAGCAGUACUAAUUAUGGUGGGGGACAUGCUGCAGGUAAUGGACAUGAUCACCACAUGAAUAUGCAUCAUAUUCAUGACCCAGCUCCACACCAUAACCACAACCACAAUAACAUCAUAUCUCCCACAUCAGCAGCAGUACCUUCAAAUGGCUCAUCUAUGCAAUUGCAAGCUGCAGCAGGACUGCAACAGGAGGAUGAUGGAGCCUACAAUAAGAAAGUGGCGAUCAGGUACAGAGAAUGCCUGAAGAAUCAUGCAGCAGGAAUGGGAGGGAAUGCCACAGAUGGGUGUGGUGAGUUCAUGCCAAGUGGAGAAGAAGGAACCAUAGAGGCACUCAACUGCUCUGCUUGCAACUGUCACAGAAACUUCCACAGAAAAGAAGUUGAAGGUGAACCACCUGACUACCAACACUUCAACAGGCUUGGUCUUGGGGGAAGGAAAUUCAUUUUAGGAGGCCAUCAUCAUCAUCACCACAAGAACAUCUUAACUACUCCUGAGGCUCUGGGGUAUCACCACCACCCUACAACAGCAGGUAACAACAACAUUCUGCCUUCUAGAACUAUAUUACCACCCCACCACAUGAUAAUGCCCUACAACAUUGGGAGCCUUCUUCCUUCUGAAUCUGAUGAACAAGAAGAUGUUGCGGCUGGUGGAAUGGUGGGUAGACCUGCAGGACAGAAUCAGAUAGUGAAGAAAAGGUUCAGGACAAAAUUCACACAGGAGCAGAAAGAGAAAAUGCUCAACUUUGCAGACAAGGUUGGUUGGAAGAUUCAGAAGCAAGAGGAAUCUGCAGUGCAACAAUUCUGCCAAGAGAUUGGUGUCAAGAGAAGAGUGCUCAAGGUUUGGAUGCAUAACAAUAAGCACAAUCUAGCCAAAAAGAACAAUCUCCCAACAACACCAUCACAACCUUCUUAAUUAAACUAAUUAUAUUUAUCACUUCACUUCCUUCGUUGUUCCUAUAUAUAUAGUAUGUAUCUCUCUAGUCAUUUCCUGAUCUCUGGGUCUCUAGCUUUGAGUUCCUAUUUACAUUAAAAUAAUAUCCAUCUAUCUUGUGCUUUAGUUUAGGAAAUUGCAUUUGCAUUUGCAUUGCUACGUGGAGUUUCAGUUUCAGUCAUGUUUCUCUCCUCUACCCAUCAUGUAUGCAGGACAUGGAAUCUAUGCAAUAGAAUAGACUCUUGAGGUAUGAUAUAUAUGUAUUAUUAAUAGAAUUGCAUAAACACUUCAAUUUCCAUGCUAGCUGCUUUCUCUUUCACCUUGCAAAUUCUGCUUCUCUUAUGCUUCAUCUCAUUAGGACCUUCCCACGUCAAUUUCUUUUCAAGCGACCAAAAACAACCUUUUUGUGAUUAGUGUUUUUUGGUUACUUGUGGAAAGAAUUUUGUGAUUAAUUUGAAAACGUUGUUUUUGUCAAA